CGUACCUGGGCCUCACAGUGCUACAGUGUCAAUGUUCUGAUGGGAAUAUGAAUGUUAUGGAUAUCUUCGCGUUUCUUUUAACUCCUGUGAGAAACACAGACUAGCUUGGCAAUAAGCGAGCUAAUGCGAACCAGGUGGCCACCGGUUAAAGCGUUGCCAGGACGCGCAUGGAUGCAUUAAAACACCGUCUUGUCGAUAAUGGAUGCCUCGGAUAUUUACGAUGACGGUGCACGCUUCCAGCUGCAGCCACCAGAUGAAUAUGACUACAAUCCUUCCUGUCGUUACAGCUCCGGCCAGGUGCACAUACCCGUGCCACCGUGCCCCACGGAAGACCUUUGCAGCAAGGGGUCUGCGCUGUUCUACAGUCUACCUCCAUGCCAAUACCUAACCCCAGGUCAGAAUCAUCCCCAGGAGGGCCCACAAGACCCAGGCAGCGGGGGGCACUACCCUGCAGGGCAGGAGGGGCAGGGCAGCCGGGGUGGUCAGGGGGAAGCACCGUUCCCCUGGAUGAAGAGCUCCAGGGUUAGGCCCUACCCGUUACUUCCUGGGUUCAACUCGCAGAAUCCGGACGAGCACAAGCGGAGCCGCACGUCAUACAGCAGCGCACAACUUCUGGAGCUGGAGAAGGAGUUCCUCUUCAACAAGUAUAUUUCGAGGCCCCGCAGAUAUGAACUAGCAACCACCCUAAACCUGACCGAGAGACACGUCAAAAUCUGGUUCCAGAACCGUCGGAUGAAGUGGAAAAAAGAGGAACCGAAAAUUAGAAAGGCCUCACGUCCCGGAACGGAACCGAGCACUGGAUCACCACCAGCAUAACGUUUUAACGUUUGUUUACCAAUAAUAUUCAGCCCAUGUCUGUCCACUUCAGUUUGCUGGAUUCAGUUAUCUGAGCUACUUGUGCAGGCUUCACAGUUCAAGUAUAGGCUAUAUCAGUUUAAUUUAAUAACGUUUUUAUUAUGUUGUAUUUACAGAGAAUGGAUUAUAAUUAAAGGCAUCUAUUUUAACUGUUUUGGUAAAGCACUAUAUUUUGAUAGUUUUCAUAUAAAGAUUUAAAAUGUCAGAUGAGCACGGGCACCAUAUAAAAGCCGUACUGAAGUCAGGUUAUUUGGGAUACUUUUUGGUAAAUUACCUAGAAAACGAGAAAUACUCAGAAUGCUACCUAAAUUGAUACUUUUAGAACAUGUUAUAGAUCUCUGCUAUAAGCUACUUCCAUAAAGAAAAUAUGUAAAACCUUCAAACACAUUGAGAACCCCUACAUCACUCGGAUUGCAUGUUCAGGUCAAAUGGGACAGCUAGUGCAAAGUAUUCCUCUCUCCCCCACCAGGAUGUGUGUGUGUGUGUAAGUGUGAGAAAGACAUCCACAAGUGUGGAUACAUGCACAGACACAUGCAUUGUGUGUCUGUGCAAACGAUGUGUUAUACUCACAUGACACAUGCUUGCAUGCAUGUAAGAAUGACAACACAUUCUGGAUGACUGUGUACUUACUGAAUCAUUUUAAGUAUGUUUUAAGUGGUAAAAAUACAAAAAAAAUGUUUGUACUAUGACCAGGGUGGUACGAGGUAAUAUGCCACAAUAGCAUAGUAACUCAUUAUUUUAGAGAACCUGGUAGAAUGUGUCAAAAUUGUGCUAUAGGCUAUGAUAGAUCCCUAAACGAAAUCUGUAAACAUAUAGAAUCACAGGCAACUAUACAGCCUUUUGCAUCAGAAAAGUUGUUAGCAUAAGCCAUUGAGUUCGGAAUCCAUGUUUAACUCGGACCAAAAGACCAAAGAUGUCGUUUAUUCGGCCGUGACGUGACUCCUGAUCCUGAUUUUGAGCAAACAAUAGUCACCUGUGCCUCCCAUGUCGCUUAGCAACACACACACAAACAGGAGUAAACAGGCCAGAGACUGUCAGCACUACCUGUUCUACAGAUAGGCUACUACUGGAUGUGUGACCGCUUCCAGGU